GCGAUCCACUGCCAUUUCCGUUACGGCGCGGCGCGGACGCACGGCACGAGACGUGCAUAGAGGUUUCCAAGAUGGCGAAGAAAACGCAGGCCGAAAAAGCGGCACAGAACGAAGACGCGAAAGGCAAUGACGAUCCGAUGAACGAUGACGAGGAGCCCAACUUCAGCGAUCCUGAGGGAUUCGUCGAUGAUAUCACCGACGAGGAACUUCUUGGCGAUAUCCUGAAGCAAAAGCCCUCGGAGACAGAUGGGGUAGAAUCUGUGAUUGUUGUUGAUGGUGUACCUCAGGUAGAUCCUGACAAGUUGGAGAAGCUGCAAUCUGUUAUUAAUAAGGUGUUGGGAAAAUUUGGUACAAUAGUUAAUCAGUACUAUCCGAAGAAUGAAAAUGACGUUACUAAAGGGUAUAUUUUCUUGGAGUAUAACAAUCCCCUGAACGCACUCGCAGCAGCUAAGUCUACCAAUAAUUACAAGAUCGACAAGUAUCACACCUUCAAGGUAAAUCUGUUCACGGACUUUAAGAAGUUUGAAGACAUCCCUGAGAACUGGGAACCGCCGAAGCCGCAGCCCUUCAAAGCUGCUAGUGACUUACACUAUCAUCUGUUGGAGCCAGAUGCUUACGAUCAAUUCUGUGUGCUUUGCGGAAAUGGUGCAGGUGUAUCGGUGCAGAUCUGGCAGAAUUCUGCACCCGAGCCCACCUUGCUUGAAGAACGCAAUCGCUGGACGGAGACAUAUGUUAAGUGGUCCCCGCUCGGCACUUACUUAUCUACGUUUCACAAAUUAGGUGUCGCUCUAUGGGGCGGCCCCCAGUUCACUCAGCAGGCCAGAUUCAGCCAGCGAGGUGUCGAAUGCAUUGACUUUUCUCCCGGCGAGCGUUAUCUCGUUACUUACACCCCGCGCACUGAUUUGAGCUCGGAUCAGAAACGCUUGGUGAUCUGGGAUAUCCUGUCGGGCCAAGAGAAGAGAUCUUUCUUCCCCGACGGAUCCUCCGUCUGGCCGAUCUUCCGUUGGUCGCAUGACGACAAGUAUCUAGCACGCAUGGGAGAAGACAUUCUUAGUGUUUACGAAACCCCGUCGUUCGGUCUGUUGGAUAAGAAGAGCAUCAAGAUCCCAGGUAUUAGAGACUUCAGCUGGUCCCCGACUGACAACGUGUUGGCUUAUUGGGUGCCGGAGGACAAAGACGUUCCAGCAAGAGUAACUCUGCUUGAAAUUCCUAAUCGCAAUGAGAUCAGAAAUAAAAAUCUUUUUAAUGUGGCCGACUGUAAGAUUUUCUGGCAAAAGUCUGGCGAUUACCUAUGUGUCAAGGUCGAUCGUUUCGCUAAACGCAAGGAGAAGACAGAGCAGAAGUACACGGGUAUGUCAUACAACUUUGAGAUCUUCCACAUGAGGGAGAAACAGAUCCCUGUGGAUAGUGUGGAGAUCAAAGAACCGAUUCAUGCUUUCGCGUGGGAGCCAGUCGGCAGCAAGUUCGCCAUCAUUCACGGAGAGAUACCGAGUGUGAACGUCAGCUUUUAUGAAGUGCGAUAUGGUCACCAGCCUGCUCUUCUCAAAAGACUAGAGAAGAAAGCUUGCAAUCACCUGUUCUGGUCGCCGUCGGGUCAGUUCAUCGUUCUCGCUGGUCUGACGACGAUGGCCGGCGCUCUGGAAUUUAUUGAUACCAAUGAUUUCACUAUAAUGAACUCGACCGAUCACUAUCAAACCUCUGACGUGGAAUGGGACCCCACCGGCAGGUACGUCGUCACAGCGGUGUCUAGUUGGAAGACCAGCGUCGAUAACGGCUAUUGGAUCUGGACCUUCCAAGGUCGUAUACUGAAGAGAGUCAACCUGACCGCGUUCAAUCAACUGCUGUGGCGGCCGAGGCCACCAACCCUGUUAACCGCAGAGCAGAUUAAGGAAAUUAAGAAGAACUUGAAGAAAUAUUCGGCACAGUUUGAGAGCAAGGACCGUAUGCGAUUGACGCGCGCCUCGAAGGAACUGAUCGAGAAACGUUGCACACUGAUGAAGGCAUUCGAGGAGUAUCGUACGAAACGUAUUGAUGAAUGGAAUAAUCAAAAGAAACGACGUCUUGAAUUACGUUGCAGUAUCGACACCGAUGAGCUAGACUCCGAUUCGAAGAACGUGGAAGAGGAGGUUGUGGAAUUUUUCGUCAAAGAAGAAACGUUUGUCAUUGACGAAAAAUAAAUCUCAUCGGACGAUUGUCGUUAAUUACUGUGUCGUUAAUUGCGUUUGUUGGUCUUGGAAACUUCUAAGUGCAAAAUACCACCGGCCGGUUUCCAUCUGCGCAGUAUCGUGGCCGUGUUGUCAUCGUCGUCGUCACCGUUGCCGUCAAUCAAUAGUUGCAGUGACCGAACAGUCAUUGCAAUUAUCUCAGUUUUGUGAAUCAUGAGUGAUAACGGACAAUCAUCACCUCUGCGUUAUUAUCACCACUGUAACAUCCGUUUUAAAACUGCUUCCGCGUGUCUGGCGCUGCGCAAGAAGCGCCGGCACCGUAACAAUAGCAAAUUCUACCACAUCCCUUAUCGGAUAGCCCAUGAGAAUGUAAUAAUGUCAAUAAUAAUAGCUAUUAACCGGAUCA